AUGAUGAUUCGUACAACAAUAUUCAACCAUUUAAUAUUUAUUGUGAUUUCGAUAUCAUGUUUUCCGCAUGUGUUCGAGGGCGGAAAUGCUAAGAAGUGCGGCGGUUGUGAAACAACAACGGCCGAUGGGAAAACGACUAAUAGCGGAGAUGGAUUGGUGACCUUUUCGGCGAUUGUGGAUUCAAAGAUACCCCCGGUUACUGUUUCGCCACAAGGGGGCUUAACAAAAGCAUGGAAGUCAAUUAAUCCCGAUGUGAAGACAGACAAAGACGUCAUUCAGAAAGGGAGAAACUUUCUUGCAUAUCUCAAAAGAAGGUACAAUGUCGAUAUGAGUGACCUAACUGACACGCAACUGCUAAUGGGUUCGCCAACAACGUCAUCGAAUCUAACGUUCAUGGGUUACAUCUUCGCGUCUGAUCUCAGAGUCGUAACUGAAACAAACCCCACCUAUCGUACGACUUAUUAUCGAAAUACAUUCUUUGAUUGCAUCGGAUAUGGUAUUACUGCUACCGAGGAUACUUUUCUCGACGGAGGAGAAUGGACAGGAAUGAUGAAAAAGGAUUCGAUAAUUUUUGAGGACAACUGUGUGAUAGACAGCAAAGAGUGUGACUUUGAUGAUGAUCCACACUUUAUAUCGCUGCGUUCGCUUGAUGUUCAUCCCCCAAAGUUCUACAAGGGAGAAUUUACUAAGGUCAGAACAAUCGAGGCGGAAAUCGAGUCAAGCAAAUACGGUCAUGGAUUGCUCUACGGCGCAGAUAUUCACGACGUCUUUGUUUUUUCAUUUACUUGCGUGUUUUUGUAG